AUGUCGGGGAUGGCGGCGGCGGUGGCGAAGGAGCGGGCGGUGGCGGCGGGCGCGGGGCGGCACGGACACGCCGUGCCCUACCUGGGGCAGGACUUCGGGGCGCUGCGGCAGCAGUGCCUGCAGGAGGGGCGGCUCUUCCAGGACCCCUCCUUCCCCGCCGGCCCCACUGCCCUCGGCUACCAAGAGCUGGGGCCCAACUCCUACAAGACGCAGGGCGUCGUCUGGCGCAGACCCACGGAGCUGUAUUCCAGCCCCCAGUUCAUAGCUGGUGGAGCCACUCGCACGGAUAUCUGCCAAGGGGCCUUAGGGGACUGCUGGCUCUUGGCCGCUAUUGCCUCUCUCACCCUAAAUGAAGAAAUUCUGGCCCGUGUUGUUCCCAAAGACCAGAGCUUCCAGGAUAAAUAUGCAGGAAUUUUCCAUUUCCAGUUCUGGCAGUACGGGGAGUGGUUGGAUGUUGUGGUGGACGACAGGCUGCCCACCAAGAAUGGGAAGCUGCUCUUCGUGCACUCGGCGGAGGGCAGCGAGUUCUGGAGUGCCUUGCUGGAGAAAGCCUAUGCCAAGCUGAAUGGAUCAUAUGAGUCUCUCUCUGGUGGCACCACCACUGAAGGCUUUGAGGACUUCACUGGAGGAAUUGCAGAAUGGUAUGAGCUGCAGAAGGCACCACCCAACCUCUUCAGGAUCAUUCAGAAGGCACUUCAGAAAGGCUCUCUCCUUGGCUGUUCCAUUGAUAUCACCAGUGCAGCAGAGUCAGAAGCAGUCACUACCCAGAAGCUGGUGAAGGGACAUGCAUACUCGGUCACCGGUGCAGAGGAGGUGAACUUCCGAGGGACCAUGCAGAAGCUGAUCAGAAUCCGAAAUCCAUGGGGGGAAGUGGAGUGGACUGGGAAAUGGAAUGACAACUGCCCAAACUGGAGUGGUGUUGACCCUGAGGUGAGAGAGCAGUUGACCAGGAGACAUGAAGAUGGGGAGUUUUGGAUGGCGUUCAACGACUUCUUGAGGCAUUAUUCCCGCCUGGAGAUCUGCAACCUGACUCCAGACACCCUGGCAAGUGACAAGUACAAGAAGUGGAGCCUGCUGAAGCUGGAUGGGAACUGGAGGCGAGGAGCCACUGCGGGGGGCUGCAGGAAUUACCCAAACACUUUCUGGACAAAUCCACAGUAUUUAAUCAAGCUGGAGGAAGAAGAUGAGGACCCUGAUGAUCCUGAGAGGGGAUGUACUUUCCUCAUCGGCCUCAUUCAGAAGCACCGGCGGAGGCAGAGGAAGAUGGGAGAGGACAUGCACACCAUUGGCUUUGCAAUUUAUGAGGUGCCCCCAGAGUUUUCAGGCCAGACGAAUAUUCAUCUGAGCAAAAACUUCUUCCUGACCAACAAAGCAAGAGAAAAAUCAAACACCUUUAUCAACCUCCGAGAAGUGCUGAACCGGUUCAAGCUCCCUGCAGGAGAAUACAUCGUCGUGCCCUCGACCUUUGAGCCCAACAAGAAUGGGGAUUUCUGCCUGCGAGUCUUCUCGGAGAAGAAUGCCAACUCCACGGUGAUAGAUGAUGAAAUUGAGGCCAAUUUUGAAGAGACGGAGAUCAGUGAAGAUGACAUCGAACCCAGCUUUAAAAAGCUUUUUGGACAGCUAGCAGGGAGUGAUGCAGAGAUCUCAGCCUUUGAACUGCGCAACAUCUUGAAUAAGAUCAUAGCUAAACGCCAGGAUAUAAAAUCUGAUGGCUUUAGUAUUGAGACAUGUAAGAUAAUGGUUGACCUGUUAGAUAAUGACGGGAGUGGCAAACUGGGACUGAAGGAGUUCCACACCCUCUGGACAAAGAUUCAGAGAUACCAGAAAAUUUACAGGGAAAUUGACGUGGAUCGAUCUGGUACCAUGAAUUCGUAUGAGAUGAGGAGAGCACUGGAAACAGCAGGGUUCAAGUUGAACUGCCAGUUACAUCAAAUCAUCGUGGCUCGUUUUGCUGACGAAGACCUCAUCAUUGACUUCGAUAACUUUGUCCGGUGUUUGAUUCGGCUGGAAACAUUGUUCAAAAUGUUUAGAAAGCUGGAUACUGAGAAAACUGGAACAAUAGAAUUGAACCUUGUUAAUGUAAGUUCAUUUAGCUCUAAACUGGUCUCAGCUUUUUUUGGGUGGGGAAGGCUGUUAAAAGUAGACUGUCCUGCUCCAUUCUGAAUGAUCAUUUGUAUUCAUGUAUAUGCUGGAUUUCUAUAGCUUGUGUAUUUGUAAGCAGCCUCAAGAAAGGUUACCCAUUUUAAAAUGUACCAAUAUCACAUUGUCUUCUCUAACAAACCAACUCGAACCCAAAGCCACUCAUCCUUUACUGGCAGUGAUUCUGGCUGAUGUAAGAAAGGCUUCUUCCCUGCCUUCUCUGUCAGCAGCAGAGUAAAAUGCAGGUGCAGUAGUGACCAUGUCUGCCCUGGAGCAAGGACUAAGUUUGGAGAAAUAUACUUUCCUGCAUGUCUUUGACUUGCUUAUUACCCAAACAUAACUCAUUUCUAGACCUAAAACAGGAAUGUGCAAAUCAUCCCAGAACUCUGACUUAAAUGAAAGAUAAAUUUAAAUCAUUCAGGAAAGAUCCUAAAAUGACUUUGGUAAGAACAGACUUUCUUCCUCCUGCUAGAAAUGGGAACAUGCAUACUUGCUGCAGGUAUUUUUACUAAACUUAACUCUGGGCCAUUUUCCUCUCUUGUUACAGUGGCUGUGCUUUACUGUCAUUUGAUCAGCAAAAGAGAUUUCAAAAAGAGCAAUAUCAGGUGAAGAUAACUGAGCAAAGAUACAAGUAAUAUCCUAAGGUGAAUGUGCCUUAACUUAUACAAAAGUGUUCUACUUCAACAGAAGUAUCUGUGACCUCAUUUUUAAGGGCUUAGCAGUUUUUACUAUUAUAUAGCCUCUGUACAAAAACUUUAAUUUAGUAUAAACCCUCAGUGCUUUGCUAGUAUCUUUGUAUUUAAGGUGUUCUACAUGACUUCUGGAAAAAAGCUUAUUAUAGCUUGACAGUCUGGUUUAUGAAGUGUUUUCUGAGGAACAGCACCACUCCUGCAUAUGUAAAACUAGAAAAGGGAUAGCAUUGCACAUCUGACUACAGUGUUUAGGGAAGACAGGGAUUUCUUGUAUGCUUUCUGUUCAAGCUCAGCAUUAUUCUGGUUAAAUAUUCCUUGAAGAAUGUAAGUAGCAAGUACAUUUGAUCAAUCUGAAGGACAAGUCUUUCCCUCCUGACCAUUUAUGUGCCUAAAGCAGGAAGCUGUUUGCAAUCAGACUCUUCCAAGAGAAAGCCCAUGCUCUCAGGUGGAAUCUUGAGUUCCUGUAUCUUAUUUAUCUUUCUUUGAAAUACAACAAAGUAUUUAAAUAAAAACAACAGAAAUAAA